UGCUGCUGCUGCUGCUGCGCGCCCCGCUCCUCGCUCUGCUCGCCGUGGGGCCGCGGGUUCGGUCCGCCCGGGCCGCGGGGUCCCCGCAAGAUGAGGCUGGCGCUGCUGCUGCCCUGGGCUUGCUGCUGCCUGUGCGGGUCUGCACUGGCCACCGGCUUCCUCUACCCGUUCCCGGCCGCGGCUCUGCAGCAACACGGCUACCCCGAGCCCGGCGCCGGCUCCCCGGGCAGCGGCUACGGGGGUCGCCGGCACUGGUGCCACCACACGGUGACCAGGACCGUGUCAUGUCAGGUGCAGAAUGGCUCGGAGACAGUGGUCCAGCGAGUGUACCAGAGCUGCCGGUGGCCGGGACCAUGUGCCAACCUUGUGAGGACUCUCAUCAGACCCACUUACAGAGUGUCCUACCGGACGGUCACAGCGCUGGAGUGGCGGUGCUGCCCUGGAUUCACUGGUAGCAACUGCGAGGAAGAAUGUAUGAACUGUUCCCGCCUCAGUGACAUGAGCGACAGGCUGACCACGCUGGAGGCCAAGGUGCUCCUACUGGAGGCGGCUGGUCACCCCUCGGGCCCAGACAAUGACCUUCCCCAGAGCAGCCCUCCGCCCUGGAACGAGGACUUUCUGCCCGACGCCAUUCCCCUGGCACAGCCUGGCAUCCGCAGGAGGCGGCCCACGGGCCCGGCGGGGCCCCCCGGGCAGAUGGGAGCUCCAGGCCCUGCUGGGCCCCCAGGCUCCAAGGGGGACCGGGGCCAAGCAGGAGAGAAGGGCCCAGCAGGGCCACCCGGCCUCUUGGGGCCCCCUGGCCCCCGUGGGCUUCCAGGUGAAAUGGGGCGCCCCGGCCCCCCUGGCCCCCCGGGCCCUGCAGGCAGCCCCCACGGCGUCCUCUACUCCCUGCAGCCCUCGGACAAGGCCAAUUCGGACACUCAACUGGGUUCGGCCGCUGUGGACACGGUGCUGGCAGGGGUCCCAGGGCCCCGUGGCCCCCCAGGCCCUCCAGGUCCUCCUGGCCCACAUGGGCCCCCAGGACCCCCUGGAGUGCCGGGGUCCCAGGGUCCAGCUGCAGAGCGGAGUGUGACGACCCCUGCUGGGGAGCCUGGCGGGAAAGGGCAGGAUGCAGAUCAGGCCGCUGCUGAGGGUGAGGGGGUGCAGCAACUGAGGGAAGCACUGAAGAUCCUGGCUGAGAGAGUCCUCAUCCUGGAGCACAUGAUAGGGGUCCACGAUCCCCUGGCCUCCUCCGAUGGGGGCUCAGGCCAGGACGCGGCCCUUCGAGGUCUGAAGAUUAAGCGUGGGGGGCCACGGCCUGAAGGCUCCCUGGCUGCCCUGCUGGGCCCUGACCCCGGACAGCCACGUGUGGGCACCAGCAGGGCCCAGUGAGGAAUGUAGAGGAUGCACCCGCAGCUUCCAGCCCAUGGGGGCCCCAGGCAUGGACUCUCCGGAUUGGGGCAGGAGCAGAUCCAGGGCCCCUCCCAGCCCCCCAGCCCUUCUUGGA